GCCGGCGGCUUCCGGCGGAAGUGGCGGCGCGGCGGAACCGGCCGAGCUCCCCCGCCAUGGAGAAGUUCGGGAUGAGCUUCGGGGGCGGCCCCAGCAGGAAGGAGCUGCUGGAGACCAUCGAGACGCAGAAGCAGCAGCUGCUGCGCUUCCAGGCGCGCCUCAAGGACGUGGUGUGCGCCUACAAGAGCCUGCUGAAGGAGAAGGAGGCGCUGGAAGCCAGCCUGAAGGUGCUGUCCGUGCCCCACGAGGGGCGCCCGGCCGCGCCCCCGCCCGCAGCCGGCGACUCCGCGGGCGAGCCCGGCGGGGACAGCGCGGGGACGGCCGGCCCGGGCGGGGGGGACGAGCAGGGCGGAGCGCAGGGGGCGGAGGAGGAGGAGGAGAGCGGCGAGGAGCCCGAGCGGCGCCUGCCGCAGCUGCGGGCGCAGCUGGCCACGCUGACGGGCGCGCUGGCCACGGUGACGCGCGAGAAGUCGCGCAUGGAGGCCUCGUACCAGGCGGAGCGGCGGCAGAUGAAGCAGGAGCUGGAGGAGGCGGCCGAGCGGCGGGAGGCCGAGCUGCGGCGGCUGCGGGAGCUGCUGGCCGAGAGCCGCGCCCGGCUGGCCGCGCAGCAGCGCGAGCGCGAGCGCGAGCAGGGCGACCACGGGCUGAUGCUGCGCGAGCUGCAGGAGCUGCUGCGCGCCGAGCGCGAGGCCCGCCAGGCCGAGCGCGCCCAGGGCUGCGAGCGGCACGGGCCGCAGCUGGGCCAGGAGCUGCAGCAGCUGCGCCGGGAGCUGCAGGCCGUGCGCGACGACGGCGCCAAGGCCGACCCGCGCGUCCAGGAGCUGCAGGAGGAGAUGGCCGGCCUCAAGAACCACUUCCAGCUGCAGCUGGUGCAGGAGAUGAAGAAGACAGCCCAGGCCGAGGAGCAGCUGCGGCAGCGCUCGCAGCGGGAGGAGCAGCGCGUGGCCGAGCUGGAGGCGCAGGUGGCCCAGGUGUCCGAGCUGCUGGGCACCUACGAGAAGGCCAAGCAGAGGGACCAGGCCACCAUCCAGAGGCUCAAGGACCGCGUCGCGCAGCUGGACCUGGAGAACAAGACCUUGGCCGUGGCCGCCUCCAGCCGCCCCCUGGACGAGGCCGCCGUGGACGAGGCCACGCUGGACGUGGCCGCGCUCAAGGAGAAGAUGGAGAAGCUGCGGAAGCUGCUGCAGGCGGCCGGGAAGGGCUCGGAGGAGCCGCGGGAGCCGGAGCCGCCCCCGGGCACCGCGGACGGGCACGGGGACAAGGCCCCGGGCGGGCACUGCCAGCAGGAGCUGCGGCAGCUCAAGGAGGAGUUCGAGCGCUACAAGGCGAGGGCGCAGCAGGUGCUGAAGAGCAAGGCCAGCAAGGACGUGGGGCUGGCCCGGGAGCUGGAGGAGGCGCGGGAGCAGCUGGCGGAGCUGCGGGACAAGCACGUGCAGCUGCAGCUGGCCACCGACGACAUGGAGAAGCAGCAGCGGCGGGAGCUGGAGGCCAAGCAGCAGGAGCUGCAGCAGCUGCAGCAGCUGCACCGGCAGGAGCUGGAGCGCUGCCAGCUGCAGUUCCGCGAGCGGGCGCUGCGGCUGGAGGAGGAGAUGCACAAGCAGCGGGACCGCGCGCUGGCCGUGCUGGCCGAGAAGGACCGCGAGCUGCAGCGGCUGCGCGCCCCCGCGCCGCCCCCCGGCCCGCAGAGCGACGCCCCCGGGCAGGAGGACUCCUCCCAGAUCCUCCCGCAGGAGCUGCAGCCCUGCCCCGGCUCCGAGCCCACCUUCUUCCUGUACGCCGAGCAGCUGGCGCGCAAGGAGGUGGAGAUCGCGGCGCUGCGCAAGCAGCGGCACCGGCUGGAGCUGCAGCUGCACCAGCAGCAGGGCCGCGCCCUGGCCCAGGAGGACAAGCACCGCGAGGAGCUGGCGGCGCUGCGGGCCGAGCUGCAGAAGAGCUGCCGGGACAGGAGCAGGGAGGGAGCCAACCUGGAGUACCUGAAGAACGUGGUGUUCCGCUUCCUGACGCUGCCCGACGCGCGCGGCCGCCAGCAGACGCUGAGCGCCAUCCUGGCCGUGCUGCACUUCAGCCCCGAGGAGCGGCUCAGCGUCGCCCAGAGCUCGGCGCACGGCUCCUGGUGGCUCGGCAGGAGGUGAGGGCUGGGCUUGGUUCCGUUCCACAGCAGCUCCUCCCUGAGCUCCUGCUCCCGGAGCUCUGCAGCGUGCCGGCUCCGGCGGCUGCUCUGUGCCAACUUCUCCAGCCCCAGAGCCUCUGCCGUGGGAAUUUGAUCCCAGUUGGGACUUGACCUGAAGAUCGUGGAAUUGAGGAUGCUGAGGUUUUUUUUAAAGGUGAUUUAAAAACAAUCCCUGCCUGUCAGGCGUGGGAUCGGGUGGAGUUCACUUGGAUCUUCAAGCUGCAGCCAGGCUGGUGACUCAGGAGAUGAAAGGGAAGGAGGGAAGCACUUUAGGUGGAGCUAAAAUAGCACCAGGCCUUGCAAGGCUCAGGAAGAUGGAGCUCACUGCAGGAAGUCUUGGGCAUUUCCCCCUCAGGUUUUUUCCCAGAGCCAAAUUUAACCAGUGGAUGCAACUCCAGGCUCACCCAGGGACUCAGGCUCUCCUUCCAUCCCAGGGAUCCUCUCUGGGUUAUCAGGGAUUCCAGGAAGGAGAAGGGAUCUCCCUGUGGAUGAUUCCUCUCCUGAGCUGCCUGGCCCUGGCUGGGAGCUGGAAGCAGAGGAAAGGCUGAAAUGAGUUUCCUGCUCCUGGUUUUUGAGGGAUCCAGGGAAGUUUGACUGCUCUGUGGUGCUGAUUUGGGAAGGAAGGGGCUGCUCCUGCUGGAGGGACAGCAGGUGACAGCUCCUGGUGACAGUGACAGCCUGGCCAGGGCUCAGGAACCUUGAGGUUCUUCCCUGAUUUCUUGGGAAUUGGUGAAAGAAGGAAACCAGGACAUCCUGAAGUGCCCUGGGGUGUUCUGUUGGCAGAGCUGCAUCCCUGGAUUUGGCCUUUCCCAGCUCUGCUCCCCUGGACCCUCCAGAGCUGCCUCCUGUGCACAGGCAGAGCCUCUCCAGGGGUUGUUUCCCUGCCUUGUGCUUGGAAUUAAAUCCUGGCUGCUAAAGCUCAGCUUCCCCAGCCCAGAGACAAGGAUAGGCCUGGAUUAACACCCCAGGGGGGCUGGAGCUGAGUCUAGAGCAGGUUUGGGGGCAGCUCCUGGUGCUGCACUGCCCGGAGAGCUUUGGGAAGGAUCCUGGGACAGGGAGCCUGGGAUAAACAUUCCUCCUGCCACAGCCACCCUGGCACUGCCAGGGACAAGGACAGGGACCCUGGGAUGCUGCAGCCACCCCUGGCACUGCCAGGGACAAGGACAGGGACCUGCAAUUCCCUCCUUCCCUCCGUGGCUCUCCUGGUGCUGCCAGCAGCCAGAUUCCCUGGAUUCCACUCUGGCCAGUGCAGCCCUUGGUGCCAAUUUCUCCUCCAAAAAAAUCCUCAGGGAAAACGUGCCCCAGGCAGAGGCUGACCCUGCUGGGAGGGGGACAGAGCUGAGCCCUUCUGGGGCUCCAUGCAGGGAUGUUCCCACUGGGAACAGGAUCCAGGUGCUGCCCUGAGGGGGGGAACUGGGUGGGAGUGGGAGAGUUUGUCCCAGGGAUGUUUGAAAGUGCUGGCUCAGCCCAGUCCCUGCUCCCAGUUUGGAAAUGUUGAAUCCAGGGGUGCCUCAGGAAUGGCUCCAACUCUUUCCCUGGAGCCAUUCCCACAACUCCAGGGGCAGGUGGAGCCUCCUCCUGCUGUGGCUUUGCUGCUCAGGCUGAGGGGAUGGAUCCCUGUUCUCCCCCUGCUCCUGCAGGGUGGAGUGGCCUGGAAUGGAUCCCAGGGGGUGGGACCCAGCAGGGAGCAGGGGGACAAGGUGGGGUCACAGCCCAGAGCAGGGAAUCUGUGUGGGAUCUGUGUGGGAUCCAGCUGGACAGGGACAGGCAGGGUCUGGCUGGGAGGACAGGGAUCCAUCCCAGUGCCCUCUGUGUUCCUGGCAGAGCAGGAUGAGGAAGCUGCUGCUGGGGAGCAUCUCCAGGAGUGCCCAGCCCAGUGUCACUGUCACCCCCCUGCAGUUCCCGGUGCCAUUCCUUCCUCUGCUCCUCCAGCCCCUCUCCCUCCUGUUCCCUCCUUCCCUCAGACCCUCCCCCACAUUCCUGCCUCCCUCCUUUCAGCCAAUAUCCCUGAAAUAAAGGUGAAUUCCCUGUU